AUAUGUCAGGGCACGGCUCCUUCCUGGCCUGCGUCGCCGUCCUCUCCGGUACUGGAGCCCAGCCGCUUGACGGGUCCAGCCCGAGGCCUUCUCUAGCCCAGCGGGACUACUAGGGCGCCCUUCCGUCGCCCGGGCUUCGCGUGCCACCCAGAGUUGGCCCGCCAAGAUGGCCGUCGCCUUCAAGGUGGGGCGCGCCCCGCCGCGGGGGUGUCUGGGAGUUGUAGUCCGGACCGGCGCGCUGACGCACUUCGCCACGGACCGACGGGCGCCAUAGUGCGCCGCGCGCGGGGUGAGUGCGGCGCCAAAACCGCGCCCGUCGGGGACUCUGUUCCAGGCCGGCUCUGCAGGGCAAGCCCAGCCGCAGCCCCCAUUUCCCCAAACACAAGAGGAGCUCAGAACCACCUCGCCUGCGGUCCUUCCGCCGCGGGGCCUGAAGGGGCAGUGGGGGUCGGGGACUUGGGGCCCAAAAGAUGCGGGGACCGGGCGGACCGUCCCCCCUCAGGGCUCCUGAAGGGACUCUGCCCACUCCCCCGAGACACCUCCAGGAAGAGGAAGGCAUGGCUUCCGGGCUUCCGACGGCCUGGUUCCCUGAACCAGUGACUUUUGAAGAUGUGACGCUGGGUUUUACCCCGGAAGAGUGGGGAAUGCUGGACCUUGAACAGAAGUCCCUGUACAGGGAGGUGUUGCUGGAGAACUACAGGAACCUGAUCUCAGUGGAGCAUCAGCUUUCCAAGCCAGAUGUGGUAUCUCAGUUAGAGGAGGAGGAAGAGCUCUGGUCGGUGGAGAGAGGAAUUCCUCAAGACACCUUUUCAGAGUGUCCUGAGGCUCAUCUGGACCCUCAAUUCGAUCCUUUUCCUGCUGAGAGUCCCCUGAUGAAGAUCGAGGUCGUCGAAGUCCUCACACUGAACCAGGAGGCAGCUCGUCCGCGGAACGCCCAGAUCCGGGCCCUCUAUGCUGAAGACGAGGCCCUGAGCCCAGGCAUCCUCAGGGAGCCCACUCAGCAUCUGGAUACGCAUCCAGCUGACCCUGAGACCGCUCGACAGCAGUUCCGGGAGUUCCGCUUUGAGGAGGCGGCCGGGCCCCGCGAGGCCCUGGCCCGGCUGCGGGAGCUGUGCCGCCAGUGGCUGCAGCCCGAGAUGUACUCUAAGGAGCAGAUGCUGGAGCUGCUGGUGCUGGAGCAGUUCCUGGGCUUGCUGCCCGGGAAACUGCGGAUGUGGGUGGCGUCGCAGCACCCAGCAGACUGCCAGGAGGCAGUGGCCCUGGUGGAGGAUGUGACCUGGAUGUCAGAGGAGGAGGCUCUGCCCGCCCAGGGCCCCAGCAGCUCUCUCCAGACCACAGCGCAGCACGAGGAGGACGUGGCCUCUUGGCCAGCGAAGGCACCGCCUGAGGCCCCAGCCCGUGCCUGCAAGCAGACCCCCAAAGCCGGGGCACCCACAGCACAGCGGACUCUGUUGGAGUGUCCCCACCAAGGACUCCCUGCCCCUCUGGCUGGGACACGAAGUGUGACAUUGCAGGAACCCGUGACCUUCCUGGACGUGGCCGUGGACUUCAGCAGGGAGGAGUGGGGGCUGCUGGAGCCGACGCAAAGGACCGAGUACCACGACGUGAUGCUGGAGACCUUGGGACACCUGGUCUCCGUGGGUAAGGCCACCCCCUUCCGGGGCCGGGUCCCCGGCCGUGCCCUCGGGGCCCCCCUGCACCGUCCAGGGUCCCGAGCAGACCCCGCGGCCGCGGAGGGGCGGGUGCUGUGGGCGCCGAGGCGGCCUCGGUCCCGCUGCCGGGCGCUGCUUUGCCGUCACGCUGAGGGGGGACGGCAGCCCCGCGCCUCUCGCUGCCGCCGCCGCUGCCCCGCCUCCAGUCUCGCUCUUCUGCUCAUGAACGUUUACUGGUGUCACACUGUCGCCUGCGUCGGCGCCCUGGCCACGCCGCUGGGUUUCUUGCAGGCUGGGAGACGACCCUGGAGAGCAGCCGACUGGCUGCGCCGACGCCCGGCGCCCCCGAGGAAGAACCGGCCCGAGACCUGCAAGUGGAGGAAGUCUCCGGGGCCGCCUCGGGAGCCGCCCUGCAGGCUGGGGCCCCGGGGGGCUCGGACUCCGCGGCGGCGCCCGUGGCGCCCCCCCAGGAAGCGCCCCUGCCCAGGAAGCCGCGCGGAGCAGGCCCCGCCGCCGCCGCCGCCCCGGCCGGCCCUGGGCCCAGCACAGGCCGCAGCUCCCUUCGGCCCACGCUGCCUCGGAAGGGCCCGCGCCGGCGUGGCCCGCGGGUUCGGACCGGGCCGCAGGCUCCGUGUGCGCGGCUGUCGCAGGGGGGCGGCGGCGGCGGCGGCGGGGGCGGCGGCCCGCAGGUCACGUUCACGCGCAUCCGCAGAGGUAGCCAGGUGUGCAGGUGCAGCGAGUGCGGCAAAACCUUCAGCAACCCCCGCUACUUUUCGGUGCAUAAGAAGAUCCACACGGGCGAGAAGCCGUACUCGUGUCAGGCCUGUGGCAAGGCCUUCGUGCAGAGCUCCUCCCUCACGCAGCACCAGCGGGUGCACACCGGGGAGCGGCCCUUCGAGUGCCCGCAGUGCGGGAGGACCUUCAACGACCGCUCGGCCAUCUCCCAGCACCUGCGGACCCACACGGGGGCCAAGCCAUACCCCUGCCGGGACUGCGGCAAGGCCUUCCGCCAGAGCUCGCACCUCAUCAGGCAUCAGAGGACCCACACGGGCGAGCGCCCCUACGCCUGCGGCAAGUGCGGCAAGGCCUUCACCCAGAGCUCGCACCUCAUCGGGCAUCAGAAGACGCACAGCGCGGCGAGAUGCAGGAAGAAGCAUGCCGCCUCGUAGCCCCGGGCCGGCUGGAGAGACAUCGUCUGUCUUGGCCGCCCGAUGCCGCAGUGUCACCGAGCGGGCCAGGUUGGGGUACCGCCUGAUGGGAAACGGGUGGAGCUGGAGCGAGGAAGUUCUUAAGAGCCGAGGAUGCCCCCGGCGCAAGGCAGUAAGAAAACCAGUGGGAGUCGCAGCUGAGGAAUCCAUCAGUUGGAAAAGCAGAGUUAACGUUUUACUCCGUGGAUUUGGUUGUUCAUUUGGUCAUUAAAAUAGAUAUUAAUGAACCCGCAAACGCUCCUACUGUAAGUUUUUAAAUCCAGGUACUAAAAAGUCUGUGCACUGAUGUAUUUGUGGUAAAGUAUUUAUUUGGAAGAAUCAGGAGAGAACACGGAUGAAUAAACUAUAUUUCUGUGGUA